UUGGAAGAGGAAUGCUGAUGAGCGUGUCGUGAAGUGUUUUCUGAAUACUGGCAGGAAUAAAGAGGAAUUAUUAACGUUUAUAUUGGAACAUUUUUCUCCUGUUUUUAAACUUCUCUACAAAACUCUUGAGAUUCAGUGGCUUCUUCCAAACCUCAUUAAAUUCAAUAAAAAGCUUGUUGGAGAUUUUGUGAAGGUUUUUUCUUGAGGCUAAACCACACAAAUGAGCUUGCGAAGUAUUCCUGUCAAAGGUGACUUUGUACAACCAAGCAGCUCUAAAGUUGAACUUGUUGCGUGAUCAAGCUGGUACCUCAAAGAGAGUUGCCGAUGUGAAGUAUCGGAAGAGUAUUAUUCGAAACUUUCUGGGGCAAAGAGAACUGUUUUAUUAUCUCUCAUUCUUUGAUUUUAAUAGUAAGUGAAGAAGAGCCUCAAAGUAUUGUGAGUAAAGGCGAGGAUUUCUCCUCUUAUCCAGGGCCUGUCAUGGAUGAAGAGACUCAGCACAGCCUUGAAUGCAUCCAGGCUAAUCAGAUUUUUCCCAGGAAGCAGCUGAUCCGAGAGGAUGAGAACCUUCAGGUCCCGUUCAUUGAACUUCACGGUGAGAGUACGGAGUAUGUAGGACGAGCAGAGGAUGCCAUCAUUGCACUUUCUAAUUACAGGCUUCACAUCAAAUUCAAGGAGUCUGUUGUGAAUGUUCCAUUGCAGCUUAUAGAAAGUGUUGAGUGCCGUGAUAUAUUUCAACUUCAUUUGACUUGCAAAGACUGCAAGGUUAUAAGGUGUCAGUUUUCUACUUUUGAGCAGUGUCAAGAUUGGCUUAAGCGACUGAACAAUGCCAUCCGCCCUCCUUCGAAGAUAGAAGACCUUUUCUCAUUUGCCUAUCAUGCCUGGUGUAUGGAGGUAUAUGCUAGUGAAAAGGAACAGCAUGGGGAUUUGUGUCGGCCAGGAGAACAUGUAACUUCAAGGUUUAAAAAUGAAGUGGAACGAAUGGGUUUUGAUAUGAACAAUGCCUGGAGGAUUUCCAACAUCAAUGAGAAGUAUAAGCUCUGUGGUAGUUACCCCCAGGAAAUCAUAGUUCCCGCCUGGAUCACGGAUAAAGAGCUAGAGAGUGUGGCAAGCUUUCGGUCCUGGAAGCGUAUCCCUGCUGUCGUGUACAGGCACCAGAGUAAUGGGGCAGUUAUCUCCCGCUGUGGACAGCCUGAGGUCAGUUGGUGGGGCUGGAGGAACGCAGAUGAUGAACACCUUGUCCAGUCUGUAGCCAAAGCCUGUGCCUCAGAUUCGAGAUCCAACAGUAACAAAUUAAUGAAUGGAAAUUGUUCCAGAGAUUUCCCCAAUGGAGGGGACCUCUCUGAUGUGGAAUUUGAUUCCUCAAUCUCUAAUGCUUCAGGAGCAGAGAGUUUGGCAAUACAGCCUCAGAAGCUUUUGAUCUUAGAUGCACGAUCUUACGCAGCAGCUGUGGCGAACCGAGCCAAAGGUGGAGGCUGUGAGUGCCCAGAAUAUUAUCCAAACUGUGAAGUAGUGUUCAUGGGGAUGGCAAACAUUCAUUCUAUCCGGAAGAGCUUUCAGUCGCUGCGUUUGCUGUGCACACAGAUGCCAGACCCAGGAAAUUGGUUAUCAGCUCUGGAAAGUACCAAAUGGCUGCAGCACUUGUCCGUGCUUCUGAAAUCUGCGCUACUCGUAGUUCAUGCCGUGGACAGAGACCAGCGACCAGUCUUGGUGCACUGCUCAGACGGCUGGGACCGAACCCCCCAGAUAGUGGCGCUGGCCAAACUGCUGCUCGAUCCGUAUUACAGGACCACAGAGGGUUUCCAGGUGCUAGUGGAGACGGAGUGGCUGGAUUUUGGCCACAAGUUUGCAGAUCGCUGUGGCCAUGGUGAGAAUUCGGAUGACCUAAAUGAGCGCUGCCCAGUGUUUUUACAGUGGCUGGACUGCGUCCAUCAGCUCCAGAGGCAGUUCCCUUGCUCUUUCGAGUUUAACGAAGCAUUCCUUGUCAAAUUGGUGCAGCACACCUACUCUUGCCUCUUUGGUACAUUCCUGUGCAACAAUGCAAAAGAGAGAGGAGAAAAACACACUCAGGAACGGACCUGUUCUGUCUGGUCUUUGCUGCGGGCAGCAAACAAAGCCUUCAGAAACCUGCUCUACUCCUCCCAGUCGGAAUCUGUGCUGUAUCCAGUGUGCCACGUGCGUAAUUUAAUGCUCUGGAGUGCUGUUUACCUGCCAUGCUCUUCCCCCUCUACACCCACUGAUGACACCUGUGCCCCAUACCCUGUUCCAGGCUCUAGCCCUGACGAUCAGCCUCUGGGCAGGUUACCAAAGACGAGAUCAUUUGACAAUCUGACGACAGCCUGUGAUAGCAGCGUGCCUACAACCAAUCGACGUAGUAGCGACCCCAGCCUCAAUGAAAAGUGGCAAGAGCACCGCCGGUCUCUGGAGCUGAGCAGCCUUGGUAACCCUGGGGAUGAUCUGUUCGAUGGAGAUAGCCUGAGUAAACAAGGCAGGGCUCCAGUUGGAGCAGAACUCUCUGUUGCAGCUGGUGUGGCAGAGGGACAGAUGGAGAACAUUUUACAAGAGGCCACUAAAGAGGAUGUUGGUCUGGAGGAGCAUGUAAGGGGUAGCCUAGAGACAGUAGGUAAAGGGAAUGAGGUUGCCCUGGACAAGAAGAGAACUGAAAAUCUACCUGGGAAUGUCAGUGACCUCUGUGAAAAGGCUGAGGUGGAUAAAGCUAUUGUGAUGAACAAUCCAGCGUCCAAUCCACAUCCAGUUUCACAAGGUGCUUCUGCGCUUAAAGGACAACAGGAUGAGCAUACCGAUCUCAUUAACACUAUCCAGAAGUUACCUCAGGUGAAAGGACUACAGACUGUUCCUUUGGAGGGCUUUGUAAAUAGAGACACUCAAAAGAACGCAGAGGAGGAAGGUGUUAGCAAACUUGAAGGAGAAGCAGAAAGCCUGUACAAUACAGUGCAGGCCAGCCUUCCGUUACCUCUUACAAUCCCGCAUGAGGCCAGAACAUCCAACAUUGAAAGUUCUACGGAAACCCUAACAGAGAAUGAAACAAAGCAAGAGCUUGUUCCUAGGGGUCCUUGCCAUAGACCUCACACAAUCGCCAACAGUGCUGACGAACUUUCUCGAACUAUUGAAAAUAGGCCAGAGGGGGAGAGCAUGCUAGAACUUCAAAAACUGGGAACAAAAGUAUAUAGGACUUCUGGCAGCAGCAACACACACAUCCCGAUGCCUUCCCCUUGUGCCUUGCCUUUAGCUGAAUGUAAAGAUGAGAUUGUGUGUAACGGAGAGCUGGAGCCUGAGAACAAGAUGACAGAGAAGCCUGUGGGGUUUAGUAUCACCCAGAAAUACCACGCAACAAACGGACACUGUGUGAAUGGAGAGGACGGUCGGAUCAAAGCCUCCCUGAGUCGGCAGGUCUCCACAGCUAGCUGUAGUUCUGCACAGUUUCACUUGAGGAAUUUGCACCAAAAGUGGAUGUUUAGUCAUCUUGGUAAGCAGCAGGCAGCCAGCAGCCCAGACCAACCUGCCAGAAGUCACCUGGACGACGAUGGGAUGCCUGUCUACACCGAUGUUAUCCAGCAACGCCUGCGCCAGAUAGAAACUGGCCAUCAGCAAGAAGUGGAGACCCUGAAGAAGCAAGUGCAAGAGUUGAAGAGCCGGUUGGAGAGCCAGUUUCUGAAUAGCUCCUUACGUCUCAAUGGUGAUUAUGGCGAUGAAGUGACUUCUAUACCCGACUCGGAAAGCAAUCUGGAUCAGAACUGCUUGUCUCGCUGCAGCACAGAGAUUUUCUCUGAAGCCAGCUGGGAACAGGUGGAUAAACAGGACACAGAGGUGACACGAUGGCUUCCAGACCACCUCGCUGCACACUGCUACGGCUGUGACAGUACGUUCUGGCUUGCCAGUAGGAAGCACCACUGCAGGAACUGCGGAAAUGUGUUCUGCUCCAGUUGCUGUAACCAGAAGGUGCCCGUUCCCAGUCAGCAGCUCUUUGAACCCAGCAGAGUCUGCAAAUCAUGCUACAGCAGCUUGCACCCCAGCAGUUCCAGCCUUGAUCUCGAACUGGAUAAAUCCAUCACUGCUACGUCAAAUUAAAGUCCCGGCCUUGAAGCUGCGGGGGAGCAGCCGUGCCGACUCUUCCCCAACAGACACGCGGAUUCUCAACGGGCUGAGGCUGGGAGGACGCGGGAGCCGUGCGCUUUGGAGGUUGGGGUGUGGAACACUGCUCAGUGGGAUAGACCUCGAGGAUGUGCCGCUGAAUUGUGGGAUUCUCCUCUCCCAGCGAUUCCCCCUUUCCUUUCUGUCCUGUCUGUGUGUAUGUGUCUAUGCGUGUGCGUGUGUGUGUGUAUAUAUAUAUAUAAUAAUAUAUAUGUUUGUUUGCUGGAAGAUUGGAAGUGGGAAGGGAGCUUGCGCCAGAACCAGAUUUCCCCUCUGCAUUUAACUGUCCUGCUGCUGAACUGUGUUGCAGACAGACAAAUCUGUAGAGGAAAGGAGAAGAGGGGAAUCAGUCCAGCCAGUGUGCAAAGCGUGAAUACCUGUAGCGUCAGUGCUAGUGCUUUCAAUCACUCCCAUUACUUCCAAACAAGAAACUGCUGUUUGGGAACCUGUUGCUGCUAGAAGAAAUGGGAAUCUCUUUCCCAAGAGAGCACUCUCCCUCUCUGUUCUUAGAGCGGGCUUAGUUACCCUCGCUGCGUGAAGGGGGAAUCAAUCACGGAUUUCCAUGCUCGACGGCUCUGUACUCGCACACCCAAUCACUGUGUUUUGUUGCCAUCAGCCCUGCAGCUGGGGGUUGCAGUGGAAACACCUGGACAGCGCUGGCUAAGGAAAGCGCGUUCUUGUCUGCGAGAGGCGAGGAGGGGAUGGAACAGGCUGCCGAGCUGAGACGGGUUUUACACUGGCGCCUCUCAAGUUCUGUAAAUGCAAUUCGUCAUUUAAAACCAAGUGGGAAAGUAGACGACCUCUGACUUCUGUCCUUGCCCCAUCUGUAAGAUGGUUUACUUGAUGCGAAGCUACCUUUGGAGCAGAGCACUUGGCACGGCUCCUACAAACUGGCCGUCGUGCUGUUGUUCAGAGUCACGCUUUAAUGAGACUAUCCAAAACAACGAAAGAGCGACUGUGAUACGCUGGUGUGUUCGCUGGGCUUGGUCUGUGAGGCAUGUGCUGGCGCUCAUAACACUCCUGGGAUGCCUCCUCCUUUGUCAGUCUGUGUUCAGUAUACUCCAGAUAGGAAACGCCUGCCUGAGGAUUGUGUAAAGACCUGAAAUACAUCAUGGAUUCCCCUUCUUCCUGCUGUCCCAAUCUGAGUUGCUUUCAAAGUCACCUCAUUAAAGUAUGAAUCUCUCAAAUAUGUGUUUUCAAAUAAGUGUAGGUACUUGUCCCCUUUUCCUUUUGAAUAGAGCCUACUUGGUGCAGUUUGGCAAGGAAGAAAUGUGGAUCCUCCUUCACAAUGCAUUGCCUAGACAGAGUUACAACUUCUGUGAUAUUCAAAACAAGAACAAAAAAUCCUGCUGGAGUAUUUGAAAGUUUCAGAUCCAAAAAGCUCAAAAUCUAAGCGACCUUGGAAAAGGAGCGCUUCCCUUCCCUGGAAUGUCUGAAUCACGUAAUCCAAAGCAAGUAUCGCACAGAGAAAACCAUCUCCGAGUAUUUGGUAGGUCUGAUGGGGAAAAGGAAUGUCGAGGUAUUUUAUUUUUCACUUUGAACUUCGCACACCCUUUGCAAGGAUUGUUACACUGCUGCAGCCUAAGCUGAAGAUUUGCAAGACAAAAGUGAAUGUCCGGGAGGCUGGUUUAGCACAGCAGCAGCCCAUCUCCUUACGGGAAGGGGGUCUGGUCACGAAGCAUCCUGGGAUCUCCCCUGGUAAGGGUUUUGAAACCUUUUUCAAACCAUCAGGAGGGAAGAGUGAAGAAAAGGAUGGGUUCUCCGGUCAAGCUGUCUCUAGAAGUAUUUGUUCCUAAACCAGUGCAGCGAAUAUCUGGAAUAGAACUGUGUAGGCAUUGCUGUUCCAUGUAAAGCAGAGAUGGCUGGAGCAGGGAAAGGAUAAUACGCGGCUCCUGUCUCUGUCUCUUCCACGGAGAGGGCGAUUAGAGGUUUGACAUUAGGGGACGUGGUGUAGUUCUGCACACUAACAUUGUGUGGGUUUGUGGUGCAAGUAGACAGUCAAAAAUAAGUCUAAGAUUCUGCAGUUCCUAAUGACAGGUGCCAAGAGGUUAUGAUACGGGUUUCUGGGGUCUGUGAUGUACAGUGUGAAUAAAUGCUUGCAGCUCUUAGUCUUUUUUUGAUCAAUGAAGCACUUUUUUUAUUAAUAUUAUUUUUCUUUGUAUGUAAAGGAGGAACCAGUAUCUCUCCAUAGCUGUAUAUAUAACCCUUCUCUCCUAAAGAGAGUAAAGUGCUCCUCUAUUUUUCAUUUUUGUCAAAGCGAGAAGUAAAUACUUUAGAAUUGUUAAAUAUAUAAAUAAAAGUGAAUAAAGUUUAGACUUUUGCAUGGGA